AUGAAGGUUGAGUUUGCUCCGCUCUCCGUGCCACUGCAGAGAAGGCUUCAAACGGCAGCAGUGGUUCAAUGGGUCUUCAGCUUCCUAGGUCUAGCACAGUGCUGCACAGUUGCCUUCAUUGCCCUCUUCUUCACCCGUUUUUGGCUGGUCAGUGCCUUCUACGCUGCAUGGUGGUUCAUAGACAGGGAAAAACCCAGCAAGGGUGGGAGGCGGAUCCAUGUCCUCCGGAACAGCAUCGUCUGGAGAUACAUGAGGGACUAUUUCCCCAUUACGCUGGUGAAGACGGCAGAGCUGGAUCCUAGGCAGAACUAUGUAAUGGGAUUUCAUCCCCAUGGGGUCCUGGCAGCAGGAGCCUUUCUCAACUUCUGCACAGAGGCAACGGGUUUUUCCACACUCUUCCCGGGCAUCACUCCACACCUGAUGAUGCUCUCCCUGUGGUUUCGCAUCCCCUUCUUCAGGGACUACGUGAUGAGUGGAGGGCUUGUCCCCUCCGACAAGGAGAGUGCAUCCUACGUGCUGCAGAAACCAGAGGGUGGGAACGUGCUGUCCAUCAUUGUUGGUGGGGCUCAGGAGGCUCUGGAUGCUCGGCCAGGAUCCUACACCUUGCUGCUGAAGAAUAGAAAGGGAUUUGUCCGCCUGGCUAUGGAGCAUGGCACCCCGCUGGUCCCCAUCUUUUCCUUUGGGGAGAAUGACCUCUUUGAGCAAGUGAGAAAUCCCAAGGGUUCUUGGCUGCGGCAGCUCCAGCACCGACUCCAGCAGAUCAUGGGCAUCUCUCUUCCCCUCUUCCAUGCACGAGGCAUCUUCCAGUACAGCUUUGGGCUGAUACCCUACCGACGGCCCAUCUACACUGUGGUUGGGAAGCCGAUUCCAGUGCAGAGGAAGCACAGACCCUCCAAGGAAGAAGUUGAUCAAGUCCAUCAGAAAUACCUAAACGAAUUGUGCAAGCUCUUUGAGGAGCACAAAGCUAAAUAUAACAUUCCAGAAGACAAACACCUGGAAUUUAUAUAG